GGGAAUCAAAGCUUGUUUUAUGCUUAAGAAAUGAAUCUGAGAUGGGAAAACAGGGGGAAUCCUGCGUAAUAAGGAGACAUUGGAAUCAGGAUACACUUAGAAAUAUAUAUGGAAAGAGACGAGACGAGACGAGGCGAGACGAGAGAAAAGAGCAUUCAGAGCCCAGCAAGAGUGCAAAGAGACGAAAGAAAAGCUCAGCAAGAAGCUGCAAGAGAGCAAAGAAAUCAAGAAGAGCAGAUCAACAUUGUGAGUGAGAGAAUGAUUGAAGAUGAGAAGCUGGUGAAAAAACUUGAACCCCUUGGAUUGACCAUUAGCGAAAUAAAGCCAGAUGGACACAGCCUCUACCGAGGUGUUGAAGAUCAGCUGACUCUUCUGUCAGGAGACGAAAGUGCUGAAAACUCACCAGCAGAGAGAUUCGAGUAUGAUUGUAAAGAGGUGGAGUCAACAGCUGCGUGGGAAAGACAGUUAGAGCUUGGAGCUUUAACUCACUGCCUGAGAAAGCAUAUCAUGAUAUUUUCAGGAUCUUUUCCUGAUGUGGAGAUGGGGAAGGAAUUCAAAGCUGAAACAGGUUCUGAUUCAUUGAAAGGCUCCAUUAUGUUAUCAUACCAUAGGCAUACCUUUGGGCUCGGCGAGCACUAUAAUUCUGUGGUUCCAAAUGUGAUCAGAUAGGUAACUUCAAAUCACCAGCAACAUAUUUAUAUCUAGAUGGAUGUCUACUUUGUUAUGUUUCUUUGAGAGAAUAAGCACAUCACAAACACUAAGUUCCGCGACAAAUGGUCAAAUUGCUAGUACUUCAUCUAAUUAUUCUUUCUCCUUUUGUCUUGUUUCUUCAAUGUAUUUAUAAAUUUUAAUUGUAAAA